AUGGGGUCAGAGUCGGUGAAGGUGGUGGUCAGGUGCAGGCCCCUGAAUGACAGGGAGAAGGCGCUCAGCUGUAAGAUGGUGCUGUCCAUGGACCUGCAGCGCUGCCAGUGCUUCAUAGAAAAGCCAGGUGCAGUGGAUGAACCACCUAAACAGUUCACCUUUGAUGGGACCUACUAUAUUGAUCAAACAACUGAGCAGAUGUACAACGAGAUCGCCUAUCCUUUGGUUGAGGGUGUGACUGAGGGAUACAAUGGGACAAUUUUUGCCUAUGGACAAACUGGAAGUGGAAAGUCUUUCACCAUGCAAGGGGUGUCUGAACCUGCAACCCAGAAGGGUGUCAUCCCGCGGGCCUUUGAACACAUCUUUGAGAGCAUUCAGUGUGCAGAAAAUACGAAAUUCCUGGUGAGGGCCUCCUACUUGGAGAUUUACAAUGAAGAAAUCCGAGAUCUUUUGGGAAGCGAUGCCAAGCAGAGAUUGGAGCUGAAAGAGCACCCAGAGCGUGGGGUAUAUGUACGGGACCUUUCCAUGCACACUGUGCACAGUGUGGGAGAGUGUGAAAGAAUCAUAGAGAAAGGCUGGAGGAACCGGGCGGUGGGCUACACGCUGAUGAACAAAGACUCCUCACGCUCCCACUCAAUCUUCACCAUCCACCUGGAGAUCUGCAGCACUGAUUCAUCUGGCCAGGACCAUCUACGGGCAGGAAAACUCAACCUUGUGGACCUGGCAGGAAGUGAGCGUCAGUCUAAAACUGGUGCUACCGGCGAGCGACUCCGCGAAGCCACAAAGAUCAAUCUUUCCCUCUCGGCCCUGGGAAAUGUCAUCUCCGCCCUGGUAGAUGGACGCUCCAGAUACAUCCCCUACAGAGACUCCAAGCUGACCAGGCUGCUGCAGGACUCUUUGGGAGGAAACACCCGCACCCUGAUGAUCGCCUGUCUUUCGCCCGCAGACAACAAUUAUGAGGAAAGCCUAAGUACACUGCGAUAUGCAAACCGGGCCAAAAGCAUCCAGAACAGGCCUCGCAUCAACGAGGACCCCAAGGAUGCUCUGCUCCGAGAGUAUCAGGAGGAAAUCAAGAAGCUGCGGGCGCUCCUCACAGGCCAGCUGAGCACUGCUGACCUUUCAACUCUGCUGGCUGGUCAGUUUUCUGAGUCAUCCCCUGCUGUGCCCUCAAGGCCACAGUCCACCCCCACUGAAGAAAGGAAGGAAAAGAUUAAAGAGGAGUACGAGGAGAGGCUGGCCAAGUUGCAGGCUGAAUACAAUGCAGAGCAGGAAUCCAAGGCGAAGCUGCAGGAGGACAUCGCUGCUCUGCGUUCCUCCUAUGAAUCAAAGCUGUCCAGUCUGGAGAAGGCCCAAGUCAGCAGGGGGAGCUCUGUCCCCAAGAAUGAUUCUCCCCAUGUAUGCUUCUUUGUAUUGUGCCACUUCUCUACAUUAGUGGGCGCCAGCUGUACAUCCCAGGUUGCUUUGGAAGAACUCUGCAUGAGCACUGAUCCCAUGUGCCACGGUACAGUUGAGGAAACCUCCCAGACUAAGGUAGUGUCCAGCCCCACUUUCCAUAAAGAUCACUCCUCUUCAAAUCAUAUUCGUAUCCUGAAACAAGGUAACAAGGCAAUCUUAUGUAGGCAAAAUGUUGAAUUUUACUCCCUCAUGUUGGCGAGCAAGCUUUCCGAAAAAGAUCCAGAUAGAGCUGGACUCUUGGAGUCUUCUGAUGCAACUGCACCGGGGCCUCUAGACCAGAAACACGUCCUGGAAAGACUGCAGCAGCUGGAACAGGAGGUGGUAGGAGGGGAGCAGGCCAGGAACAAAGAGCUGCAACAAAGACAACGGCAGAGAAAAAAACUUGCUGACCAGAGAAAAGCUCAGCUUGUCCAUGCUCUGUCAGAGAACAGCGAGGAGAGCGAAAAUGUGCUGCUGAAUCUCUACAACUCUAUCCAGGAAGAAAUCCAUGCCAAAAACCAAAUGCUGGUCAAAGUUCAGGGCAAGCUGAAAGCAGCCAAACUGGAGAUCCGUGACCUGCAGGCAGAGUUUGAGGUUGAGAGGAAUGACUACCUGGCGACUAUACGCAGGCUGGAGAAGGAAGGGCAGUUCCUGCGCAGCCUGCUGGAGCGGAUGGUGCCUCUGGUGCGCCGUGACUGCAACUACAGCAACCUGGAUCGCUUGAAGAAGGAAGCUGUCUGGGACGAGGACAACGCCACCUGGAGACUGCCAGAUGUGAUGGUGCAGAAAACAACACUGCCUUCAGCAGUGACUCCAAAAGCUUCAGCUCGCAGAGGCUCAGGUUCUGAUGCUGGAGAGGCAUUUAUGGUGGAGGAGGACAGGUACAAGCAAAUGCUGGACAGAAGUGACAGUGAGAAUAUUGCCAGCAGUUACUUCAAGUCAAAGAGGGCGAGCCAGCUCCUCGGAAGUGACACCGCAAAAGCCCACGUUAACGUGGCAGGCCACCUCUCUGUGAGCGGCUCUAACAUGAAUCUGUCUGUGAGCUCAGACGCCAUCCUGCCUCGCCCCUUCCGUCUGGAGUCGCUGGAUGCCCCAGUGUCCAACGGUAAAGUGAAGCGCAAAAAAAGCAAAUCUCACAUCCAUAAUGAGGCGACUUAAACGGACUGUGGCCCACAUAUUUGCAGUUUUCUACAAUGACACUUUUGAUGACUUAUCAAAAAAUAAGUGUUGUAUAUGUAUAUCUGACUGUGACUCAGUGGUAUGUUUUUAUGACAGCUGCUAUCUAGAUUUACACAGGACCCAUUUAUUGCCGAUGUUACAAGUCCAUUUGCGUCAUGAGUUUUUAAUUAUAUUAUUAAUGUUAAUUUUUAACUCAUUGCUACCUACUG